AUUAAUUAUAUUAUUAAAUCUAAUCUUUAACAUAUAGAAUUAAUUGAUAUAUAAAUAAAAUCAAGUAUGCAAUAGAUUCAAAAUAAAAGAUCUAGCUAAGAUUUUAGUAAAAGUAUCCUAUAGAAUAUAAUGACUAAAGAAUAAAAAGAGAAUAAAACAAAAGUUAGAUCUUAUUCUCCUUUUUUAAAUAAAACCUAGAGAUCUAGAUCAGGGUCUCCAGACAAAAAUAAAUUCAAUACAUCUUCUGGAGCUCUUAAUAAUUCAAAAGUAGAUAUAGGAAAUACAAAUAUAUAUCAGAAGCCAACAAAUUCUAAAUGCUAAAUCAAUAAAUUAGGAUUAAGCUUAAGGCCUUUUUGCAAUAAUAAAGAACAUAAAAGAAGUAAUAUUUCCCACAUUUGCAUAGAUGACCAAUGCUUAGGGGAAAAUAAUAAAUCUUCAAGGUUAGUUUGCUAAUUCUGUAUAAUUGAAAAUCAUAGCAAUCAUAAAGAAGCUUGUAUUCCUAUAGAACAAUUUUCUGAUUACAACGAAACCCACUUUAAAACUUUAACAUAAGCUUUCAAAGAAAUAAAUUUAACUAGCUUAAAAAUGAAUAAUCCACCUUUUAUGUAAAAAAUUUAUGAUUCACUCAACAUCUUAAAAUUGUCUAUUUGCUAGAAUAUUGAUAACUAGAAAUUGUUGAUCAAGUAGCAAAUUGAUGAAAAAGCUGAAGAGUAUGUUCCAAACUAUUAAGAAAGAAUAGCUAGCUAUGAGACACUUUAUACAAGAUUUAAGGAAGUUACUCAAAAGAAAUUAUUUGAAUUAAACGAGUAAGAAAUGGAAGUACUUUUGAAGUUUUUGAAAUAGGAAUUAGUUGAUGAAAUGACUGCUUUUAAAAAGAAAUUAUAAGGUAUAUAUAAUAUAGUUGAAUUCUAAGCAGAGAUGGCAGCAAACCAUUAUCAAUCAUCUAUUUAAAAUUUAGCAUCUUGUAUUCUCUAAAAUAAUGAUUAGUUGUUUAUGCCUUAAAAAAAAGAUGCAAUGCUACUUCCUGGAAAUUCUAAAUUAAAGUAUAUGAAACUGUAGUUUUUUAUACUUUAAAAAAAAUAAGAUGAAAUUUUUAAAAGCCUUAAAGAACUAAAACUUUAAAUGAAUGACGAAGAAGUUGUAAAUUAAUCUGCCGCAAAUAGUUAAAAUUUAACUAAUUAAGAUUUAUAAAAUGGAAGAUUACUUAUAUAUUCAGAAUAAUGUAAGCACAUUAAACAAGCUCAAAUCGAAUGCAACACUGUCCCUUUAUUUGUUUGCUGUAAACAAUCUUACUAGUGUGUCAAGUGUCAUAACAACCAUACAAUACAUAAGGCUACUAUCACAUCUCCCUCUUAAAGAAUGUGUUUAAAGUGUCUGUCUGUAUUUACAGUAGAAUACCCAACAAAUGUUCCUAUAAAUUGCAAUUCUUGUUUAGAUUUAAAACUUAAUUAGAAUUUACUAUCUUCACUUCUCAAUCAAGAUGUUUCUCAAGAUGAUUAACAAAAACAAUCAAAGAAAUAAAACAGGAGUGUAUCUCCAUAACAACCAUACACCUAAAAAAGAAGCACAUCAGCAUAAAUACAUUAAAAUUAAUUAUAGCCAUAGCAACAAUAGUAAUAAUAAUAAAGAAACCUUUCUCCUAAUUAAUAAUCACCAUACUAAAGUAAAAAUAGACGUUUAUCAAUUAUAGAUGAAAAGAUAAAUACAAACAGUGUUAAUAUCCAUGAUUCAUCAACAAAGAAAUAAAUUUAUUAAAGUUUUAAAAAAGAAAGUAAAGAUUUACAUUUAAUUUGA